UGCUGGUGUCAGUCAGACAAAGGCAAGACAGUCCGCCUCUGAUUGAAACCAAUGAAAAGGGCCGGACAGGUCCGCAUAAGAUAAAUGGUGGAUAUUCAAUGUAAAAAUAAAUUAGAGCUGUCUGGCGCUUGCAGUUGGUAGAGUGAGUAAAUGUUCUGGUGGUUGGGACAUUUGCAGUAUACAUAAGCAAACGAUGUCCCACUACACAGAUGAGCCACGUUUUACCAUCGAGCAGAUCGACCUGCUCCAGAGGCUGCGGCGGACGGGCAUGACGCGGCCCGAGAUCGUCCAUGCGCUGGACACCCUUGAGCGGCUGGACCGCGAGCACGGGGACAAGUUUGGCCGGCGCAGCGGCGGAGGUGGGCCAGCCUGUGUCCCCACCUGCGUUCCUGCGCCCUCUGCUUCCGACUCCUCCCACAACAGCAACAACAACAACACCACCUCCAGCUCUGCGCUGGCCCCCAAUGGUGGCGCCGGCAACUCCGCAGCAGUGGCGACGUCCUCCUCCACCACCUCAACCUCCACCCAGACACAGUUCCGCUCUGGCCUCUCGCCGUCGCCUAGCAACAGCUACGCUACGUCCCCACCUGCUGUGCUACCCUCGCCAGUCUCCCUGGUUGCCAUGGUGCAGAAUGGGCGAGACAACUUGCCGUCGACGCCCAACGGGAAGUUGUCUCCGCCUCGUUACCCAGUUAACAAUGCGGCGCCAGUGAGGCCGUAUGCAUUCGACGGGCCUGAGGAGGAGAUGGACAUUGAUGACAAGGUGGAGGAACUGAUGAGGCGGGACAGCAGUAUGGUGAAGGAGGAGAUCAAGGCCUUUUUGGCUAACCGACGCAUCUCUCAGGCAGUGGUGGCUCAGGUCACAGGGAUCAGCCAGAGCAGAAUUUCCCACUGGCUCCUACAGCAGGGCUCAGACCUGAGUGAGCAGAAGAAGAGAGCCUUCUACCGCUGGUACCAGCUGGAGAAGACCACCCCAGGUGCUACUUUAAACAUGCGCCCCGCUCCUAUGGCGCUGGAAGAGAUUGAGUGGAGACAGACUCCGCCUCCAAUAAGCACCGCCCCCGGCAGCUUCCGACUGCGCAGGGGAAGCCGCUUCACCUGGAGGAAGGAGUGUCUUGCCGUGAUGGAGAGUUACUUCAACGAUAACCAAUACCCCGACGAAGCCAAAAGAGAGGAGAUUGCCAACGCCUGCAACGCUGUCAUACAGAAACCUGGGAAGAAGCUGUCAGAUCUGGAGAGGGUCACAUCCCUGAAGGUGUACAACUGGUUUGCUAACCGGCGCAAAGAGAUCAAGAGGAGGGCCAAUAUCGGGUCUUUUUUCCAAGAAGCCACAAUCCUGGAGAGCCAUGGCAUCGACGUGCAGAGCCCUGGGGGUCACUCCAACAGUGACGACAUCGAUGCCAACGACUACACCGAGCAGGGCUGUGAUCUACCCUACUUUGAGAAGAGGCCCUUGACCAGACCCUUCGGUUUCUACAGGCUUGAACCGACAUCACCAACACAGGACGACAGCACCAACCACGCAGACCACCAGGACCCUAUCUCCCUGGCUGUGGAGAUGGCAGCUGUCAAUCACAGCAUCCUGGCCCUGUCCCGCCCUGGGGGCGUGUCCAGUGACAUCAAGACAGAAGCGCUGGAUGAUGACUGAGGAGGCCUGCUGGAUGGGAAGCGGCAGUGAGCGUGUUUGUCAGCGUGUGUGUGUGUGUGUGUGUGUGUGCGCGCGCGCGAGCACGUGCAUCUGUUUGCACUCAUGCCAAACAGACGUAGAUGGGAGCUGCUUUGUUUAGAGUGGAGGUCUACUAUCCCAGUGACCAAAAUGAUGCUUUGUCUCUAGCUGUUAGAAGCUCUUGCUCCUGUUGUAUCUUAAAAUGGCCAACCUUUGACACACAGGUCCCUGACACACGCCUGCCCUACUGCCAGGGCUCAUGUUGCAUCUAAAACAAAAAAACAAAGUCCUCCAUUUUCUAGAAUCUUCCACAGGGAGGGGGCUGGCCACUACUUCGGGCCCUCCCCUUAUCCCCAACCCCCAGGCCAGCCCACCUGACCCCAAGCCAUUCCUUCUUCCAACCCAGGAGCUUGUUGUGCUUCUCGCAGUAUGUGCUUCCUCGAAGAAAUGUGGCCCUGGUCCGGGCAUUUUGGUCGGUGUAUCCUGCCGAUAGGCAGGGGUUUCCUGGGCAGUAGCACAGGGAGAGGCUGCAGCCUGUUGUUGGUGUGUGCAGCUCUUCACAAAGAGCAGCUCCGUGCCGCUGCGUGCGUGUGUGCGUGUAUGUGCGCUGAACCCUUGUAUUGACUGACAGCUCUGUGUAUUUAGGCGCUUGAACACUUUCAUUCCCUUUUAAAAAAUUUUUUUAAGUUGCUUGAUUUUUACUUUUUUUUAAAUGUUUUGUUAUUUGAUGGGGGGGGGGGGUUGGUCCUUUUUUGUGUUUUUAGCAAUGGUUUAAUUACCUGUUCCUAAUAGCAAUCCAAUUAUUCUGUACUUUGGUUUGCAGUGGGAAUCAUGUCACAGUAAAACUACAAAGGAUUUUAAAAAUGAAAUAAUACGUGGUUUCAUAUAUGCCAAAGGAUGGAAAUGGUCCUGCACCAGUUGAGUCCCUUGGACUACAAACUGAGGGCCUGUUCUCAUUCAGGUCAGCAGAAAGAAGAGAUUUCUAUACAUACAGUUAACGGUAUUCGUCCUUUUAUUUCUUUAAUGUUCAGCUAUAGCCAAAGUGAAUUGGAGUAAUCCUAUAGCUUUGUUGUUUUUGUAUUUAUUUUCUUUAUUAAAUGGCAUGUUCAUGUGCAGAGAUUUGUGCGUAAUAAGCUAAAUCUCAGUCAUGGCCUAAACAUUGUUCUUGUGCAAUCGCGACAGUAGACUAAGAAUGUGACGUUAGUGUAGGGCGUCCGAGCAUUCCUCCAAGAUGUAAUAAUCCGGCCAGUGUGUCAUCAUUUCUGUGAUGCUCUUUGAUUUGUGAGAUGAGGUAGUGACAUUGCAGUUUUUGCAGUCUAAAAGGCAGGCUAAUGUGUGUCUGUUCUGCUGUGAGAGCUUCAGGAGGUCUGAACACCUGCUAUCCUUUAACAUAAGCUUGGUAAAGUUUCCAAUAUGUAGCUAUUUUACUCGACAGAAAAAAAAAGGAUUCUAAAAGAUGAACCUUUAUUCAGUAUGAUUUUAUGUGCCCCUUCUCUCCCUCACAAUGUACAAUGAUAAAUAUUUAUGAAAUGCAGGAUUAACUAAUCAAGUUUUUUCGUUUUCUGUAUCAUUUUUUUUGAAUUCUUUUACGAGCAGUCUCCGUGUGAGUCAAAUUCAAAUAUAUUUUCAGAAAACAAAGCACCCCCUGCUGAGGAAGACCGUUAUCAAAAGGCUGCUUAUAUACAGUCGGUGGCCAAAAUGUGAAAACACUAUGUUACGCAAGGAGGGUUUUUAAAUGUUCUGUGUAAAAAGAUGAUUCUAGACAACACACACACUUUUUAUAUAUAUAUAUAUAUAUAUAUAUAUAUAUAUAAAAAGUGUGUGUGUUCACUGACUGCAAAGACUGUGAGAAGGAAUAAUUUUCUCCGGCUGUGGGACUUUUGCAUCGUUUUUCUGCAUUAUAAUAAAAUACCAUGUUUUUCUUGUUGUUUUUGCGUGUGCAACUUACACACCCACCCACAAACCCUGUGCCAAACUAUAAUUUGGGCUUUAUAAGCCAUAUGGUAUAGAACACUUUGUUCUAAGCUGUAAAACACUAGUAUUCUUGGGAAACUUUGCCCGUGUUGCAGGCUGUGCUGGUCAGUGAGGUUUUAAUGAUUUUAAAAUGGGGGUGCUUUGUAUUCCAGACUUCAGGGUUCAAAAUCAUCUGUCCAUAAGCAUCUCCCUCCAUUAGUUUCUAUCAUCAAUUCAAUAAUGAUGUAAAAUAAAGAAUUCACUAAUAAUGAACUUAAAAUAAUGUACUUAAAAUGUCAAAUAAUUGUAUUGAAUUUAAGUAAGGUUUCUCAAUCAUUGUAUGUCCCAUUUAAGAAUUUAGUGCCUUUUUUGGACAGUAGACUGUUCUGUAAUAAAACUGUAGUAUAUAUGAGCGUUUUUUGUACAGUUUCUUUGUUUAAAAUGACUUUUUUUUAAAACUUGUGUUUAUUUUAGUAUUGUAUCUACUAGAGAAUAAAGGUAUAUUGAUGAACAGAAAACGA